CUCCAGCCAGCGAGGAGACAAGGGUGGGCCCUGGGCGGCCGGCUCAGCCAGUCUGUCCCUUUUCCUCCUCCCGCCCCAUUCUCUCUCCUCGCGCUCUCCUCUUCAUUGUCCUUUUUUUGUCCUCUUUUUUUCUUUGCUUAGUCAUUCUUUCUUUCUUUUUGCUUGGUUCUCCCUCCUCUCGUUUUACAUUCAUUCAUUCUUUCCCCCUUUCUUUUUCAUUCUUUCCGUGUGCUGUCUUUUUCAUUCAUUCUUUUCCCCCUUUUGUUCCUUUCCUCCUUUUGUUCCUUUCCCCCUUUUUCUUUCUUUCUUUCUUUCUUUCUUUCUUUCUUUCUUUCUUUCUUUCUUUCUUUCUUUCUUUCUUUCUUUCUUUCUUUCUUAUGCAUUCAGUCCUUUCCCUUCCUCUCUCUCUUUCGUUCCUUCUUCCCUUUUUCUCCCAUUCCUUCUUUCCUUGGCCUUUCCCUCUGGUCUCCCCGCCCAGCCACCCACCCUGUGCGUGCUUUCUCGGGCUUUGCGGGGCACCCCAUGCCGUGUAUACGUGGGCGGCGGUGGGGGGAAGACAGCAUUAGGCCUGCCUCCCAGCCUGGUUCUCCUUCUUCCCCCGUCACACCCAGUUUAGCCGCAAUCCCACUUAAAAACCUGUACAACAAAAGGAGACUACAACUCCCAGUGCCCCUUGCGCCCGGGCCGACACCCUGCGGCCCCCCUCCCCCCACCGCCUCUACGUGUCCGGGGCUCUGCUGUCCAAUGGGCUCCGCGCGCGUGAUCCCAGCGGGCCAAUCAGCGGGCUGGCCGCCCUCCAGCUUAUAAAAGCUUUGUCUAUAUCAGCCCCAGCCCCUCUCGCUCUCGCUUUUGCGGCCGCUUGGAACGUUCGCUCCCGGCGCGUUCGGCGGAGAGAACCUUGAGCUCCCCAGCGUUCUAUUCUUCCAAGGGCGCCGGAUCAGGCUAGACCAAAGGGAGGCAAGAUGAGGGAAAUCGUCCACAUCCAGGCUGGCCAGUGCGGCAACCAGAUCGGUGCCAAGUUCUGGGAGGUGAUCAGUGACGAGCACGGCAUCGACCCCACCGGCACCUACCACGGCGACAGCGACCUGCAGCUCGACCGCAUCAGCGUCUAUUACAACGAGGCCACAGGCGGUAAAUAUGUCCCUCGCGCCAUCUUGGUCGAUUUGGAACCGGGCACCAUGGACUCCGUCCGCUCCGGUCCCUUCGGCCAGAUCUUCCGACCAGACAACUUCGUCUUCGGCCAGAGCGGAGCUGGUAACAACUGGGCCAAGGGGCACUACACGGAGGGGGCCGAGCUGGUGGACUCGGUGCUGGACGUGGUGAGGAAGGAGGCGGAGAGCUGCGACUGCCUGCAGGGCUUCCAGCUGACCCACUCGCUGGGCGGCGGCACCGGCUCGGGCAUGGGCACGCUGCUGAUCAGCAAGAUCCGGGAGGAGUACCCCGACCGCAUCAUGAACACCUUCAGCGUGGUGCCGUCGCCCAAGGUCUCGGACACGGUGGUGGAGCCCUACAACGCCACCCUGUCCGUCCACCAGCUGGUGGAGAACACGGACGAGACCUACUGCAUCGACAACGAGGCCCUGUACGACAUCUGCUUCCGCACCCUCAAGCUCACCACCCCCACCUACGGCGACCUCAACCACCUGGUCUCAGCCACCAUGAGCGGCGUCACCACCUGCCUCCGUUUCCCCGGGCAGCUCAACGCCGACCUCCGCAAACUGGCCGUCAACAUGGUGCCCUUCCCUCGCCUCCACUUCUUCAUGCCCGGCUUUGCCCCCUUGACCAGCCGCGGCAGCCAGCAGUACCGGGCCUUGACCGUGCCGGAGCUGACCCAGCAGGUCUUCGACGCUAAGAACAUGAUGGCGGCCUGUGACCCCCGCCACGGGCGCUACCUCACGGUGGCGGCCGUCUUCCGCGGCCGCAUGUCCAUGAAGGAGGUGGACGAGCAGAUGCUGAACGUGCAGAACAAGAACAGCAGCUACUUCGUGGAGUGGAUCCCCAACAACGUCAAGACGGCCGUGUGCGACAUCCCGCCCCGCGGGCUCAAGAUGGCCGUCACUUUCAUCGGCAACAGCACGGCCAUCCAGGAGCUCUUCAAGCGCAUCUCGGAGCAGUUCACCGCCAUGUUCCGCCGCAAGGCUUUCCUCCACUGGUACACGGGCGAGGGCAUGGACGAGAUGGAGUUCACCGAGGCGGAGAGCAACAUGAACGACUUGGUGUCCGAGUACCAGCAGUACCAGGAUGCCACGGCCGAGGAGGAAGAGGACUUCGGGGAAGAGGCUGAAGAAGAAGCUUGAAGCUUCACCCACCACCGUGAUUGCGCCCGCACAAAUUAAUUCUUUUUAAAACAAAACCCCACAUCGCAUCAUGUUCCAGUUUUCUUUCUCUCUCCCUUCUCAACUGUCUUCUCCAUCCAGGUUCCUCCAGGGCUGAGCUUACUCUGGUUCCCUGAUCUCCCACGUAAACAUCACCUUGGGCAUCGGAGCGAGAGAUGCCACUUCUGCUGUCACUCUCCACCCCUCAGCUGUCUUCUCUUCUUCCCCAGCACUGAUUUAUUGUGAGGUUCUGUCUCCAAUAAAAGUCAGAUCCCCUUUCUCUGUAACUGUCUACAUCCAACAGCAUCUCCCCUCUGCUCUCUCUCAAAGAGGGAGUUUAAAUUUUGGUGAUUCUUCUCAGCCCAUGCUCGUCUCACUGAGGGGUCUUCAGGGAUGGGAGAAGAUGGAGCAUGGGGAUAACGGAGGGCUUGGUUGGGUUGUCUUAAGACCUGAAAUGUAACCCAAGGGAUGUGCAAAAUUAAAGGUCCCAAAGCAGGGUUGAUAGAUUGUCCCUUCUUUGGCCCAGUGGCCUAGCAACCUGGAGCCAGGUCUUGAGAGAGACCUCUUUGCUGACUUCUUCCUGCUCUGGUCUUUAUUGAAGGAGCUUCUCGCGUGUAGCUGCCAUCCUGUAGGUAGUGUCAGGCAGGUGCCAAACUCUUCUAGCAAAACCAGUAGAGUUGGGAGCUGUGAAGUUGAUUAGCAGGAACAAGAUGGAUCGGUUUGUGGGAGCCCCACCACUGGAGAAGGUGGGGGAUGUGAGGCUGGUCUGGACCCAAGGAAGUCUAGUUGGUUGCUUGUUAGACUGAGCAGAAGGUAGAAAGAGGUGGCCCUGAACUGGUUAGACCUUGUAGGCAACUAAAUAAUACCAGAAGCAGAGCAGGCCUGGCAGAAACAUCUGGUCCUACUUCGGGGAAGGAGAUUCAGUUUGCUUUUGCCAUUAGCAAGUUUCCCUGCUGCACCUUCCUCCUCGGGGACAAUGAGCUCGUGGCUGAAUGCAGUGGGACUUGGGGGAGGAGAGUCUAGUGGAGGGGAGAAGGGAUAGAACCCAGGAGUCCUGCCCCCCUGCUGUGGGAGGGGGACUCCAGGACCCCUGGGUUAGAUUUAUGGGUCUGCUACUAUGGUGAGAGCUGCUUGAUCAAGGAACUCCUUCCCCCUCCUGGCUGGACGUGAGCAUGUUUGCAAAGCUGUAGGAGAUGCUGGAGCCCUGGCAUGAAACCCCCCCGAACCUGUCUCUGUACCACCCCGCUCAACGUGUCCCCGUGUCUCUGUGAAGGUCCCAUCCACCAGUUGCGUGGAUCUAAGUUCUGGAGCUGCCUGGCCCGCCCACACCCUCAAAGGGUGCGUCCCUGGCUUCCCCUAGUCAAUAUGCUUUCUGUUGGGGGAUCAGCCCCCUGCUUUUCCAGGCGGGGGCCUCCCUCCCCUUUUCAUUUCUGUUCCUGCCCCUAUGCUGAGGAUUUGACCCACAGAUUUUUUGGGGGGGGGGGGGGAAAUGGGGAGGUGGUUCUCUUCCUUGUAUCAAUUUGGCUCCAGAUCAGCGGACACCCCCCCCCCCUCCCCAUACCCUCUACCUCCCCUGGUGCCCUAGAUAAGUCAACUGAGCCAGGCUCUCCAGGGAUGAAAGGGCACAAGCCACAUGGGUCAUGGAGCUGGUCUCUGCCAUCUCAGCAGCCUUUGGGGAAAGGGUCAGGGCAGGCCACAGCCAGGGUGUUUGUUCCCCCCAGGGUAGUUUCUCCCAGCAGAAAGGAAAAUAUCCGCCCACGGGGCUCUCAUUUCUUCUCCAGGUUGGGGGAUGGUCCUGCUGGAGGCAAAGUUGGGGGGGCUGUAAACGUAGAUUGUCCCCAUGUUCUGUGGGGCUCAGUUGGCCCCCAAGGUCCUGCCGCCAGGGAUCAGCCCGCAGCUCCUUAGAGGAGACAACUCAGCCCUGGAGGAAUUAAAGGGGAAGAGAGUUGGGGAGGGGGGACCCCCCCACUGCUGUGGGAUGCAGCUGGAGGUCCCACCCAGUGGGGCCCCCUCCACUCGGGCUAGCGCUGGCCUGUCUGGUUCUGUCUCAUCAGCUCAGUCUCUUCUUUUCUUUUUUUGCCCUCUCGCUUGCUCCAUCUUUCUCUCGUUUUUUUUUUUUAAACUGCUUUUUUCAUAUUGAAAAGACGACGUUCUGCGAAAGAAUAAACCAAUUUUUUUUUAAAAUUUC